CCUGCGGCCCCGCAGCCCCGCCGGACAGUGAGCUCCCUGCCCACACCUGCACCAUCUACCGGCCCUGGUUCUCGCCCUACAGCUACUUUGUGUGCACCAAAGAAGCCACCCAGCAGCACCUGGGCAGCCUCUCCACCAGCCUGACCACCAGCACCCGGGAACCUGAGGAGUCUGAUGACCUCUCGGAGAUUAUCUGCUCCUCCUCUGGCUCCUCAGACAAGCCCCAGCCCCCCGAGAGGGACAGGCCAGGCAGUGGCGGAGCCAGCAUCACGGUCCAGGAUAUCCUUGCUGCUUCCCAGGGGCAGCCGGUGCCCCAGCGCGGCUACCAGUGCAUGUCGUGCUGCCGCGUCUUCCCCACACUGUGGUCGCUCAAGACCCACAUCCAGCACAGCUCCCAGGAGGGCUACAGCUGCAAGGUGUACUACCGCAGGCUCAAGGCCCUGUGGGAGAAGGAGCACAAGGAGCAGGAGGCUGCAGCCCCCAGGGAGCCCGUGUAG